AUGGAAUUAAAAAACACCAGACAAGUAUUCCUGGGUCUAUGCCUUCCUGGAACUUGCAAUUGUACAUCGCUUUCAUCCCUACUCCGAGCAAGUGCUGAUAGAAUCGAAAAAUUGGGUAAUGGUACUCAUCACUCUAAAGGACCACGAAUAUCAGUCGUGUCUGUCAAACCAGUACCAUCAAGCAAUUACUCAAUACUGGAUGAUUCUAAGAUAUACAUACUUGGGCUUACUGGAGGUGUGAUUCUUCUCCUAAUGAUCCUGGCUAUUAUUUAUGAAAACCAACGAACCACUAGAGAAUGUGAUAUAGAAUCACCACCACAAGGGACGAUUAGUAACGACAGAACUACAUACAAACAUCAAAAUUUGGGUAAAGACCGUACAAUUCCCAGGGCUCAAGGCAGCACCAAAGAGGGAAUGGAAAAAAUUAUGGAGGGCCCGUUGGAGACACAGGAUGAAAAACUCCUGAAGAAUAAUAAAGGCGCCUCGGAUCACCUGAUAAAUAGAGAUGACAUGUUCUCCAGUGUGAUUGAGUUGGAUCCGCCGAUUAAAAUAUCUAUUGCAAAGCACGGGGAAUUCCUCAGUGCGAGAAGGAAGGGAAAAAUCAACGUGACGAGCAACAUGGGAGUUGCAUGUACAAUCGAUGAUAUUCUCUACUGCCCUGAGAUUCCAUACAAUUUGCUGUCAGUACGAAAAAUGCAACGAACAGGAUUGAGUAUCACGUUCGAUGAGAAAAGAGUUGAGAUACGUAAAAAUGGUAAUAUGGUGAUGUAUGGUAAGCCAUUGAACAGUUUAGUAGCUGUUGAUUUCGAGGUAACGAAAAAGCAUGAUUUAGUGAGUGAUGCAGAAUCCGUUAAUAACGAUGCUAAUAUGCUCCAAAAUGCCGAUGAUGCAUGUGGAUUUCUUGAAGUUAAUUUAGAAAAUGAUGGAGUUAAUGAUCAAAUUUGUCAACGAGAAGAAUCUGACAGUUGUGAAUCCAGUGAUGGUGAUAGUUUAAGUACAUUUAGACAUAGUGAUGAUGAACAACACCAAGAAAAUUGGGGAGCUACAGAGGAGACAGAUAGUGAUACAGGCGAUGAUGGAUGUCUAGUAAAUGCACCAUUGAAUUUAAAAGAAGACCUGAAAAAUUGGGCCAUACGCAAUAUCAGUAACGCAGACAACAAGUCGGAGUACAGAAUGGACUAA